UCUACUGAGUCACUCAAGUAGUCAAGUGGCAUUCCGAGUCACUUGAGUCUGGCUUGAAAUGGGCUCAAAGAACUAAGGCGUUCUCUUUUCUGGAUUCUCCCGGUCUUCAGCGCUCUGGGUACCAGAAGAGGGGCGUAAAAAGGGAGCCCGCAGCCUCAGUCCUCAUCCGGGGACCUGACUGGCAGGUUUCUUUAAAGCCUCGGUCCCCUAUUGUCCCCAUACUUCCCCGGGGCGUUCAUCUUUGCAGUCUCUUUCUACGCAGUCCUUAUGUCAUUUAUCUAAACAUAGCUCAUCCCUAAUAGAUUCUGGUGUCGUUCCUCAGCUUGUUUCACAUCCUGGAAACAAGUGUCUCGAAGUAGUGGGAGUUGAGGAGAGUUCAUUUAUUGCUGACUGACCCUGAAGACUAUGCGCACAGUCCCUCUGGUGAAACCUUGGGAAACUGCGAUAUGUUAAAGACCCUCAGGAGAAAAAAAUUUAAGUGUCAUAUCGUUAAAUGACAUUCAAAAGUCAACCAACUAACCAUUUAGCCCCGAUGAGUUUUAAAGACAGCAAACACAAAAGACCAGGAAGAAGUUUCUUCACUUCCUGGAACGGCGCCGGCUAGCUGGUUUUGGGGGUGGGCUGGGGGCUGAAACCUUCUCGCACCUUUUGCCUCUUCUCCCCACCCCCCAGGAUCCAGAAAGCGAAGAUCAGAUGACAGUGAGGAUCUAUCUGUACCAGGCUUGGAUCAAGAUGAACCUGCAUGAGCAGGUUUACCUCCGGGGAGUCUAGAGAUUAGGGGCACCCUUGACUGGAGCAGAGCCAGGCCGGGCUAAGGAGGGCUAAGGAGGCUGCGCCUGAGCACUCCCCGCCUCCGCGCUGUCUGCCGUCGGGCCCCGCCCGGCGCAGCCCUAACGCAUGCACCGGAGUGUGUAAGGCACAUCCGGGUGUCAGAAGCAGGAGGCCGUGGGUUUAGGGGUUCAGGAGAGAGUCUUGGGAAACCUAGGCAACGCGCCAACUCCAAGCCACAAGCGCGAGCACCUGCACAGCACUGAGUUCAGACGAGCGCACCAGUCCAACCCCCUGCCGGCUCGCUUUGGGAACCACCAGAAGGAAGCAGAUCUUCUUACAACUUAGUGUGACAAUGCUGGCUGCGCGUAUCUCCAGACCCCUGUCACAGCUCCCAGGAAAAGCCCUAAGUGUCUGUGACAGAGAAAAUGGGACAAGACACACACUGUUGUUUUACCCAGCAUCCUUCAGCCCUGACACUCGUCGGACCUACGCCAGUCAGGCUGAUGCGGCUAGCGGCAAAGCCAUCCUGAUUACAGGCUGUGACUCUGGAUUUGGGUUCUCGUUGGCCAAGCAUCUGCACUCAAAAGGUUUUCUUGUAUUUGCUGGCUGUUUGAUGAAGGACAAAGGUGAUGCCGGGGUCAAGGAACUGGACAGCUUGAAGAGUGACCGACUGAGAACUAUCCAGCUCAACGUGUGCAACAGUGAAGAGGUAGAGAAGGCGGUGGAGACCAUCCGCUCUGGCCUGAAGGAUCCUGAGAAGGGAAUGUGGGGCCUGGUUAACAAUGCAGGCAUCUCAACGUUUGGGGAGGUGGAGUUCACCAGCAUGGAGACGUAUAAGGAGGUGGCUGAAGUGAACCUCUGGGGAACCGUGCGCACAACAAAAUCCUUCCUUCCUCUUCUCCGAAGAGCCAAAGGCCGCGUGGUUAACAUCAGCAGCAUGCUGGGCCGCAUGGCCAAUCCAGCCCGCUCACCGUACUGCAUCACCAAGUUUGGGGUGGAGGCUUUCUCUGACUGCCUGCGAUACGAGAUGCACCCUCUGGGUGUAAAGGUCAGCGUGGUGGAGCCUGGUAACUUCAUAGCUGCCACCAGUCUCUACAGCCCCGAGCGCAUCCAGGCCAUUGCCAAGAAGAUGUGGGAUGACCUGCCUGAGGUCGUCCGCAAGGACUAUGGCAGGAAGUACUUCGAUGAAAAGAUUGCCAAGAUGGAGACCUACUGCAACAGUGGUUCCACAGAUACGUCCUCUGUCAUCAACGCUGUCACACACGCCCUGACCGCUGCCACCCCUUAUACCCGCUAUCAUCCGAUGGACUACUACUGGUGGCUGCGCAUGCAGGUCAUGACCCAUUUUCCCGGCGCCAUCUCUGACAAGAUCUACAUACACUGAAGAGCUGAAGAGGUCCCUGCCCUCCACCAGGGAACCCGGUGGGAGGGAGAAGGAUGAGGGGAGGGAGUUCAUACAGUUACCUUUUGAUCAGCCAUUUAUUGUGGAUUAUCCACUGCCUUAGGAAGACCUGUUUUAACCUUACGUGUUCAAUGUGGUGAAUGGUUUGGGCCUUCACAAAUAUGGGGGCACAGGUGGGUGGCUCUAAACCUCAGGGCCAAUAUGGUGCUUCUAUCUAUCUAUCUCCAGUUGAUUUUAUAUGAAUAUUUGUGGGGAAAUAUCUUUAUAUUAAAGACAGAUUAUUAGAAUAGAAUCCAAAAUCAUUUUAAAGCCAAAAUAUCCAUUUAAACUAUGUAUCCCAUUUGAUCCUUAAGUAAGUCUCAUGAGUAAACAGCAGAAUUUUUUUUUCUUGUGUGCUUGAAAGAAUUUGAAGAUCACAGAGGAUGUAUGAGACACCUCUUUCGUUGCAUCCAAGGGGUCCCACUAGUGUUCUGGCAAAAGCAAAUCACAUUUGUGUUCCACAGACACUUGGACCCAUCAGUCUCAGAACCAACCCUCUGACCAAGUCUGUAUCUUCUGAGCCAGUCACACCAGAGGGCACUGUGUGCUGUGUCUCUGUGUGUCCAUGGCACUGUGUGACUGGUGGCCGGCAGCCAGUGACGCUCAGCUGGCUGUGGGUGGAGGACCUAGAGAUUUUCAGCUGAGAUUUCGACACUCUUUAAAGACUCAGGUUAGAUCUGGGUGGGCAUGCUGGUUGGCUAAGAGUGCAGCUUGGUUUUGCCUAGGACAGGGUUGGUGCUAUGCUCAGUGCUACAGACAGACCAGUGGUGCCGAGGGUGGGCACCGAGGUACUUCCCCAGCAACGGGUCUAGAUGCCUGGUUGUCUUUUUAAUUAAGCUGAGACGCUGCUAGGUAGCCUGUGUUGCCAAUCAAGGAAUCUUUGAAUUUGAAGGAUGCUUGUCCCUGAAGUUUCCCAGGGUCUGGGUAUUUGGAUCCAAACCAAAUACCACCGUGUUCCAGGUGCCAGCAAGUCCUGGGCUGGGUAUUUAAGUGCCAGCUUUACACGUUUGUGCCUCUUGCUGCAAAGUCUAGUACGGCCACUAGAGGGAGCCCUGCCUCCUCAGCUAGAGCCUACUCAGGCUCUGGAGUUUUGGUUCACUCAAGCUUGAGGUCUUUCCAAGAGGGUUUGUCCACCUACUUGGACACUGCCUGGAACAAAGAGAGAAGCAAAGUCCCCUUGGAAACUGAUCCUACACUCCUGGCAGCUGUGUAUCCUGACACUGGAACCCAGAGCCAGGAGAAAGCAAAGGAACCUGGACAGCCACAGCAGGGUGCAGGCAGUGCUGAGGCAAGGAGGGUCCCACAGAGCAAAUUCAGCCCUUUUGGGCUUUUAACCCUCUGGGUUCAAACAGAGGUGCACUGUUCUAGCUCCCGUCUUCAGAGCAAGACAGAUAGGGCCUGGGAGGGGAGGAGAGAGGGAGCCAGGGCCCAUAGAGGGACUCCGGAGUUUACCUAACAGUGGGAUGCAUUUGUACCACAGAGCCUGCCUCCUGUUGGAGCCUUUCAGUCGCAUUGUACACCUUGGGAGAAUUUGUAUUCACAUUCAAUAAAGAGAUUGGGUGUAAGUG